GCUGACUGUUGGGCGCAGCAUCAUUCCAACGCAGCGACCUCCAGCCCCAACCACCCCGCGCAGCCCGUGCAGAGCUCCUCGGCCCCGCAUGGCCUCGGCGCGCUCGCUCCUUGACACAGACGCAGCAGUGCAGGAUCUGCCCCGUCCCCUCUCUCCGCUUCACACGCACCCUCUGAACGCAGAAGCUGUCGGUGAGGCAUGGCUGAAGGGCGGCUGAGCCACGAGCAGGCAGGGAAGGACAGAGGGCAGGAGGGCAUCGUGAGGGACUCGCCCCACAAGGACGACAGCCUGCCCAACCUGACGUGGCUGCUGGACUUCUCCAUCCCCAGCGCCAGCAUGGGCAACUCCUCCUGCUGCCCCAGCGGCCCGGACCCCCACACCUGUCAGGGCAUGCCCAGCUCUGCCGUGCCGCGCUCACCCCUGGGCACUGACCCAGCGUGCGUGGGAACGCCUCACACUCCCUGCGUGCCCGUCUCCUCCUCCACCUCGAAGACGGAGCACCGUGUUGUGUCCAUGCACGCUCAGCUGGUGGAGAGCAUCGACUACAAGAACAACCCCUUCAUCAAGCCACCCUACUCCUACGCCACCCUCAUCUGCAUGGCGAUGGAAGCCAGCGAGGAGCCCCACAUCACCCUCUCCGCCAUCUACAAGUGGAUUACGGACAACUUCUGCUACUUCCGUCAAGCUGAUCCUGGGUGGCAGAACUCCAUCCGGCAAAACCUCUCGUCAAACAAGUGUUUCAUCAAGGUGCCUCGGGAGAAAGGCAAGCCAGGGAGAGGUGGCUUUUGGAAGCUUGACCCGCAGUACGCUGACCAGCUCAAGAGCGGUGCCUUCAAAAAGCAGAGGAUGUGCCCAGUGCAGAUCCACCCAGCCUCCACCGAGAAAGCCCAGCAAGAAGCACAGGUUGACGCCUCCCUGGCCACUUCGGGCUGUGCCUCUAAAAAAGUCUUCUCCGUCAGCAUGGAGUCACAGCAGCUGCUGGAAGAGUUUGAAGAAUUUAUCAGGAACCAGAACCAGAAUCCAGCGGAAGUCAAAGCAGGGCUCAAGCGCAAGCAGCCCUUGCCCAAGCAAAUGGCCAAGGUGCGUCGGCUCUCCAACUCUGCCUUGCUGACCCAGGAGGAACAGACCCAGCUGGGAUCCCUGAAAUGGGACACUGACGCCAACCUAAACAGGGAGUUCUCCACUUCUGGGGAUCUGGAGGUCACACCUCCAGUCAGCCCCAAAAAGCACAACCUGGAAGUGAUGGUACAUGGGCAGCACGUUGACUGUCCCCAGGGGCUGGAGCAGGUCCUUGCUGAGUCCAACCAGAACAACCUGAGCUUGGACGAAACCUGCAUGGCCGCUUCCUUCCUGCAGCAUCUCUUUGAUGAAGGGACAAGCGAAUCCUUUUGCAAUACUGUCAGUGUGGAGCAGUUGUUUGACAUCAACGAUAUAUCUGUACCAGCAGAUGGAAGGGACUGGAGCAGCCUUGCGUCCCUCUUGUAAGAGCCCAGUCACCCUUCAGAGCCUACACAUGCUUUGACAGGAUGCUUCCCCCACGCUGCUGGGACUUACAAGAGCUGGAUUCUGCACC